UCACUUUUAUCACUGCUUCUUUACCUUAAAAUAUUCAUCACUCCAUUCACUCCAAUCAAUAUAUGAUAUUUUCUUCACAUUGCCAAGCCAAGACCAAACAAAACUCUUAAAAGCCAAACCAUCUUUACUUCUCCCAUCACAUUUAGAGCUCUCAAAUCAAAUGGCACUAAACCACAACCACUCUGCUUCAGACUCUGCCUUACCCAUAUUUGCCAUUGUUGUGCUCUUGGCCACUGCUUUCAUAGUCAUCAGCUACUUAACUCUUGUCACCAAGUGUUGCUCGAAUUGGCAUCAAAUUAACCCACUGAGAUGGAUUUCCAACUUGCUGCCUCAACAAAAUGAAGACCCCUUCAUAGCUUUCUCUCCCACCAGGAUGUGGAACCAAGGACUUGAUGAAUCUCUCAUCCAAGAAAUCCCAACAUUUCAAUUCACAAAAGAACAAAAUGGUGAUCAAAUUCUUCAAAGUGUCUAUGGCUGUGUUGUUUGUUUAACAGAGUUCCAAGAACAGGACAUGCUAAAAAUUCUUCCCAAUUGCAGCCAUGCUUUUCAUUUGGAUUGCAUUGACAUUUGGCUUCAAAGCAAUUCCAAUUGCCCUCUUUGUAGGUCAAGCAUCUCAGCAAACACUCACUGUGCAAUUCCAAUGGAUCAAAUCAUAGCUCCAACCUCUUCUCCUCAGGAUUCUCAGCUACUUUCCAACAUGGGAAGUGAAGAAGAUUUUGUGGUCAUUGAACUUGGUGGAGGAGAAAAUGGGGGAACAGUAAUAGAAAGAAAUGACUCAAGGGAGAGCCUAGCACAUAGUAGUAGAAGUCAUUCCUCAAGGAAGAUGAUGGUGCAGUUGAAACCAAGGAAGUGCCACCAUGUUUCCAUCAUGGGAGAUGAGUGUAUUGAUGUUAGAAAAAAAGAUGAACAGUUUUGCAUUCAACCUAUUCGAAGAUCUUUCUCAAUGGACUCUGCAAAUGAUAGACAAGUUUACUUAGAUGUUCAAGCCAUGGUACAAGAGAAUAGACAUCAAAAUGAUGAGGCUUGUGCUAGUGAAGGUCGUAGUGGAAGAUUUCGAAGAUCAUUCUUUCCUUUUCGUUAUGGAUGGGGAUCAAAAAAUGUUGUCCUGCCUCUUGAGAAUGGUGUUUAAUGUAAGAUAAUUCAAUUUGUUCUUUUAUUUUAUUUUUUGUCUUAGAUUUGUAUAAUUCACUUCUUCUCCUACCUUCUAAAUUUUCAUUGCAUUCUAGUCAUGCUGGUGAGGUCUUUGAAUUAGAGUAGUCUCUUGAGGAGUUACACAUAGGCAAUGGAGGGAAAUGUGUUAUUUUUUGUA